CAAAAUCUGGCAUGUUUGUGGACUUCAACUACAAAAUUUCAAACUAAUUGAAAGAUUAGUCACGUCCAUUUUGAGUAUAAAUAGAGACAUAGGUAGUGAGUGAGACUCACACUAGCAAGAAAAACCAUUGAUCGUUAUUGACCAGAGAGAGUGAAAAAAAAAAUAAAAAAAUCAUGGGUAAUGGAAGCAUAAUCUGGAUGAUUUUUAGGGCCCUAGUGACUCUCUUUAUUCCGUCAUACCUCAACUUGAACGAGGAGUAUUUUGAGCUUAAUCUUCAAGAAGAUCAUCACAUGAACCUUGGUGUGCAAGAAGACGAAGAUGAACGGGGUGGUGGAGAAAAUGUUCAAGAGGAUGUGAUCAAUGGGAGAGAGUGGUUUGAACAAGAGAUCGAUUCUGAUGUGAAAUGGUCCUUGGCUUUAGACAGUGUUGUGUUUGAAGCGGCAAGUGAGUUCCAAAGUCUAUCUGUUCUUUCUACAAAACGAUUUGGAAAGGCUCUCGUGAUUGAUGGGCAUUUACAAAAUACAGAAUUGGACGAAUACAUUUACAAUGAAAAUUUGGUCCAUCCCUCACUUUUAAUACAUAAUGAGAUACCCAAAACUGUUUUCAUAAUGGGAGGAGGUGGAGGGUCUGCUGCAAGGGAGGUUUUGAAGCACAAAGACAUUGAGAAAGUCAUAAUAUGUGACAUUGAUAGGAGCACUGCGGAUUUGAUCCGUGAGCAUAUGACGGCAAAUCAUGAGACCUUCAAUGACGAGAGGCUUCAACUUGUUCAGAAUGAUGCAAAGUAUGAACUAGAGAAGUCUGAGGAGAAGUUUGAUGUGAUCAUAGGGGAUCUUUCUGACCCAGAUCAAUCAGGGCCUGUCCAUAUCUACACAAAAUCCUUUUACCAGAAUGUUGCCAAACCUAAGCUCAAGGAAAAUGGUAUCUUUGUAACUCAAGCUGGUCCCGCGGGAAUUUUUACACACAAAGCUGUGUUCUCGACAAUAUACAACACACUAAAGCAAGCUUUUCCUUAUGUGGUUGCAUAUACAGCGCUGGUGCCAUCAUAUGGCGACUCCUAUGGAUGGAUUUUGGCUUCGAGUGAACAAUUCAAUCUUGAUGCUGAAGAAAUCGACACCAAGAUUGGAGAAAGACUCAGGGAGGGGUUAAGAUAUCUCGAUGGUGCAGUCAUUAUAGCGUCUAUGGUUCUAAACAAGGCUUUGAGAAAAUCGCUUAUUGAAGAGACUCGAAUCUUAACCGAUGAAAAGGUGGUGGUGGGGUUUGUUCGCAAACCAGGAAUUCACCGUUAUGCUUAGUGUUGUUUUUUUGCUUUAGGCUAAUCUAGCUUUUGGUGGCAUUUUGAACGUAAACUUUAUUCUCAUAUUUCAUUACCGUUCAAAACAACCUUAAUCUCUAGAAAUCUAGGGUCUAAUAACAUGAUUUAAGGGUGCGUGUAAUAAAUGAUCAAGAGCUAAAAGUCUAAUGUUAUCAAG